AUGUCGAACCCUCGCAGGAGACCAGCGGGUGGACUGACCCUCAAGACGAACAUGCUCCUACAAAAGGGAGCUACCUUCCACUCUCCCACUACUCCAGCCUCGGGGGAUUCUUCUGAGCGCGUCUUCGUCCCGCCGUCGCUCCCUCGCCGCUCCCACACCAACUUGGACGAUGUUAUCGACUCCCGCUGUCGCCGCGUUGCCUUAGCUUUGGAUGCGAUCGAGAGGCAAUUGGCCUCCUCAAAUGACACCUUUGCCUCGGCUAGUCGCAGUGACAAGUGUAUUCCCCCGCCUCGUGGGCUGCUUGAAAGAAACUUGGAUUCGCCUAUCAUGCCCAAGGAGGUUGAGCCUGAGCGCCGGAUGCUCCGUCCACGGACACGCCGUUCUUCUCGGCACCACGAUUCAGACAGCGGUCUAGGAAGCUCGAUUGCUUCUACUUCCGAGAAGGAUGCCUCUUCCAAGGCCAAGACGACGAGGACUUCGGCUGUCGCCAGAUCCGCCACCGCCCGCGCAGCAUCAACACCUGAUCUUCUGGGCCUUGGUGACCGUGCUACCAACCGCAUCGUUGAAUACAUUUUGAAGCCUCUGCUUGCAAAGCCGACUUUGAAAGAGUUUCACUCGCUUGUGCUUGAGUGUCCCAAAAAGAUCCAGAACAAGGAGAUCAUGUGCCUAAGAGAUCUUGAGAAGACUUUGAUCCUCAUGGCUCCGGAGAGGACCAAAGCUGCAGGCUCAUACCUCGAUUUCUGUCUGACGACAAUCGACUGCCUCCAGGCAACUGUCCAGCACCUUGGCGACCGCGAGCUGACUCGCCCUCGCGACCUCCCUUACACCAACGGUUAUUUUGUUGAUCUCGUUGAUCAGUUCUACAACUAUGCUCGGCAGAUCGCGGAAAGCAACAAGACCAAGGAAGGCGCCAAUGACAUGGAUAUUGAUCCCACUGAUCAAAUCAAGAUACACGGUGGCCCUCACAUCAACGGCAGGCUUUCGGAACUGGUCCGCGUGAAGAAGGACGGACAGGCCAUCUCCUUGGCUACUGGAUUGCCUGUGGACCUUUGUGAUAAGGCGCCAGAAACCCCGGUAAACUUCAAGCGCUCCCAAAGCGAGGAGGCCCUGGAUGAAGAGGAGGUUAUGCGCUCCAUGGCUCGCCGAAAGAAGAACGCCAGCCCUGAGGAGCUGGCGCCGAAGAGAUGCCGCGAGCCUGGUUGCAACAAGGAGUUCAAGCGCCCUUGUGACCUGACCAAGCACGAGAAGACACAUUCUAGACCAUGGAAGUGCCCGGUCAAGACAUGCAAGUACCACGAGUACGGCUGGCCCACCGAGAAGGAAAUGGAUCGUCAUCACAACGACAAGCACUCCUCAGCCCCACCUAUGUACGAGUGCCUCUUCAAGCCUUGCCCCUACAAGUCCAAGCGCGAGUCCAACUGCAAGCAGCAUAUGGAAAAGGCCCAUGGCUGGACGUACGUUAGGACCAAAACCAAUGGCAAGAAGCCUAGUACGCUUCCCAGCUUGGGGCCCGAUUCCGGCCACCCCACUCCCCAGCUGCAGAACAUUGGUACCCCUUCGAGCGACCGCAGUAUGAGCAUCGCCACUCCCUCCGAUGAUUGGAACGCUGGGCUGUACCAGACCAACAUUGAGUUCCCUGCAUAUGCUCCCGAGUUCAACUUCAACACCAUCCCACAGCAGCUUGAGCUUGACUAUUCACCCAUUGACAACGGCACCCCGUCACCGGAUUCUGGCAUGGACCACAAUUCUGCGUAUCAAGAUCUCAACGAAUUCACGCUCAUUGAUGACAUCUACGGUGCGACUAUGCAACUGCCCAACCAAGUCAUUUCUCCCUUCUACCUCAAAGACAUGGGACAGCAUCUCGGCGCGUACACCGCGCCCGACCUUUGCCAGCCACAUCCCGCCCAUAUUUCCCCCAUUGGGCAAGGAAACACGAUGCUUUUCACACCCCCUACUUCAUUGGGGGAAGUUGAUGAGGGCUUUGAGGAUCACGAUUUUGCCAUGAGUAAUUGCAAUAAUGUCCCUGGAGACUUCAUUUUGUAUCCUCCAACCACUGACGCCUACUCAAAACCCACAUUCACUGAAUCACUUUUCACGAACGUGGACAUUCCGAGCAUGGCUGCCGGCUAUUCCCAGCCAUCAUCUCAGGACAUCCUGCACGCCUACCAAAGUGAUUGGACUUCGCAUGAUAUGAAUGCUUACUUCUAA